AUGGAGAUUCUGAAAAAUGUGAUAGCUGCUGUCGGGACAACUCCAUUGCCUUGUUCGAUCAGGGCACUCACCGCGAAAGAGACGAAUUACGAUGAAAAACCAGGGACACCGAAAAGAAAUGUCGAAGAAAUUGCGCUAAUUGACAUCGAUCAUCCGGCUUUCAGCAUGCAUAAAGACGAUUUUAUCAAACAUGAGUCAAUUCAAAUCUCUGCCGAUUGUAAGCAGUGUACAAUCACAUUGAUCAUCGGCGAAAUCGUUCCGUUUGAUGAAAUCUCCAGCGACGACACCAUCGAUGCAAAUCCAGUUUUUCCUUUCCUCAUCGACACCAAGAAUCCUACAAAUAUUCAAUGUUAUCUGGAAACGUUAUUAUAUGAUGAGGGUGAAACCACGUACACAUUGACCGUCACUAAUGUGCACUAUCAAUUCAAUUUGAGUCUGACUGAUGAAUGGAAAGGAGAUAAUUCACCAUAUGCCAACUAUACAUUCGCUUUUACGGCUUAUGUAGCAGAGAUGAUCGUUGACUCACCCAUCUACACAAUUCCCCUGCAAUCGAAACGAAAGAGAACCGACAGUGUGAUUUUCAACUACAACCAGUUAAACGAGUUGGCUUACUAUGUAAUGGUGGCUGCAGAAGAUCAGCACAUUGUGGCUGAGACAUUCAGACCAAUGUACGUUUGGACACCAGAUAACGAUACAAAUAUUGACAGUCGUUUCUCAGUGUAUUUCCAAGCAGGCGAUGCUGUCUUCAAUCUCACCAAUUGUUUCAUCGUUCCCAAUGAUGUUGAUGAAGAGAAAAUCCGAGAACAGAAAGAAGAAGCUCAACUCGUUGCAGAAGCGAAAGAAAUCGUUGAACCGAUUGAUCCAUGGGAAAUCUCGAUGCCAUUGCUGGAGAUCGGGGAAAAGAUUGGCAUCGGAAAAUCAGCAAAUGUGUAUAAAGGAAUGCUGAAAGGACAAGUCCCAUGUACUCUGGUUGAUUCAAAGUUGAAGAUUCUUUUCCCAAUCACAGCAGGCAGCUUUGAAGUAGUGAUCAAGUCGCCGAGAGUCGAAGAGGAAAGAGCAAUGAUCAUGGCCGAGAUUUCUCUACUCAAAUCCGUCGGCUAUCAUCCACAAUUGUUGUCACUUCUUGGUUGCUGUACAGACUCGAAAAAUCCGUUGCUGAUCACGGACUUUUGUGAGAACGGAGAUCUGCUGACGUUGUUGAAAGCAAUGGAUAAUGAUAUCGAUUUCUACGAAGAGUUGACGCCAAGUGAUUUCCCGUCGAUUAUUUGGCAAAUUGCGAAUGGAAUGAGUUUCCUUGCCUCAACUGGUGUCAUUCAUCGAGAGCUCGGCGCAAGAAAUGUCUUGAUCACCGCGAAUAAGAAUGCAAAGAUUUGUAACUUUGGCAAAGCGCGUACAGGGGAUCAAACACAAAAGAAUGGAGGAGACUUUCCGUUCAAAUGGACUUCUCCAGAAGCCAUCGAACAACGCGCUUUUUCAGAGAAAUCUGAUGUUUGGUCUUUCGGCAUUCUUCUAUGGGAAGUCUAUACUUUUGGAAAAGAUCCGUACGCUGAAAUGGAAAGCUACGAUCUUCUUGAAAAGAUUAAAGAUGGCCAUCGUCUAGAACCACCAAAAGAAACACCGGAAACGAUCUCAUAUUUAAUGUCAUCUUGCUGGAAAAAAGAUGCCGAGGAAAGGCCAGAGUUCACGAAAAUCGCCUAUAAUCUCUCUCAAUUCUACCAGAAAAAACCGAGAAAUGUUUUUGAUCGGAAUCAGGGUCUCCCCACUCAAGCAUCUCAAAAACGUGGUCCCAAAUAUGUAAACAUCUCCGGAGCUUCAAACGCCGACAAGGAGCCUCGUCUU